AUGUCAAGUAACGUUGUCGCUACGCAAGAAAUUCAUAAAACUUUAAAGUUGUGCAACUUCUGUACAACGAAAAUUGGUUUUUCUUUCAUUGACGAACCACCAAAAAGUUUGAUAUUUAAAAUAUAUUCUCUCGUAUGGUUUCUUGGAUCUACUUUGAUAUUAGCUUUAAAGUUAGUUGGACAAAUUAACUAUGCCGUAACGAAGCUAGUAACUUCGGCAUCCGUUGUAGAAUUCGUUGCAGGAUUACAUAUUAUUGGCUAUGAUACCAUGAGUUUUGGCAAAUUAUUGACGAUCUGGUACAAAAGAGAUAUUUUCAGAAAACUGAUAAACGAACUCGCAUACCUGUGGCCAACAUCCAGCCAUGAUUCUAGGGAUAUCAAACAAAAGAAGCUUUCGAGACUCCGUAUCGGUCAAUUUUCGUAUGCCUUUUGGAAUAUAUUAGGACUAUGGCUAUAUAACUUGACUCCGGUUGUGAUAUAUGUGUACCGCAAGAUUCAGGGCGCACCUGCUCAGUUAGGCUACAUCUGGCACUUAUCGUAUCCAUAUGAUAAGACGCAACCCGUAUACCACGAACUUUCCUUUGUCUUCGAAAUCUGUGGAGGCGUGGUAUCAGUCUGGGCAAUGCUUGGAUCUGAUAUUCUGUUUAUGACAAUGGCAAGUCACAUAAGUAUGUUACUACAGCUUUUACAGUUAAAGAUACGGAACUUGGAUCCCAUCGAGCAUGACCGCAAUAACCAGCGAAUUAAAUCUAAAGAUUGUUAUCAAAAUAUUAUAUCUGUUAUUAAAAUACAUCAGAAACUGAUAAUGUACGGAAAUAAUUUAGAAGAUGCCUUUUCCGUUGUGAACCUUAUUAACGUUCUUUUAAGCUCAGUCAACAUUUGCUGCGUCGUAUUUAACAUCCUCUUAGAUCCGUGGAUGGCAAUGAGUAAUAAGUUUUUCCUAGGUGCUGCCUUAACUCAAGUCGGUAUCCUUUGUUGGUAUGCUGACGAUAUUUUUAGAUCAAGUUCAGGUGUAGCAAACGCGGUGUACGAAAGCAGGUGGUACGAAAACAACAUACGCUGCCAACGAGCUCUACUAGUCUUGAUGCAGAGAUCCCAGAAACCGCUUUAUUUCACAGCGCUUAAAUUUAGUUCAAUCACCAUGUCGACAUACAGUUCGAUACUCAUAAACUCGUACUCUUACUUUACAUUGUUGUACACGGUUUAUAGAAGUGACUGAACUAUUUUACAUUCAUAUUAUGUAUUAGAAAUAGAUAUGUAGUAUAUGUUAAAAGUACAAUGAGGAAAUGAAACAUCACACGUGACUACGUAUGUGAGAAAACAAGACGACAUUCGGGAAACCGAGAUGAGCUCAGAAAAUUCAUAACUCAUGUUUAAAACAAAGGCGAAGUGAAGCAGUUUCAUUUUACAAAUUCAUUAGUUGUGUAGCCAUUUCGUGCAGGGUAAUGAAGAUUUCUCUCAGAUAUGAACGAAAUAACUAAAAGGAAUAUUAUUUAUAUAAACUUUUUAAACCUAGCUUAUUUCAACAUUAUGCUUAUAAAUACAAGAUUAAAAAAUUUAGAAUUAAUGAAAA